GGGGAUUUGGGAUUGACCAUGAUGACCCACCAAGCGGAAAAGGGGAGGCCCGAUUUGAUCUCGGAAGAUUGCCAAUCCGCAACAGUUUGAAAGAGUGUUUGCGCACCACCUGCUUGAUGAGGAUGACCAAAGGAGAAGCUAGCCAUCACGCAAACAUCUCCAACUGGAUGCUCUGUCUCUUUCCUCUGCUUCUUCACACACUCACUCUCUCUCUCGCUCAACUCAAACCCACCAACUUUCUUUUCUUUUCUCUAUCACUUUUCCCUCGUUCUUGGCAUUUUCUAGCUUCUUUCUUUCUUUGAGUUUCAUCUGCGUUCAUGGACCGUGGUGACAAGCAGCAGCAGCAGAAUCAGAUGUCACUGGCCAAGUCUUCAAGGCAAAGAUACAGUGAAUGGAUUUUCCGAGAUGUUCCCAGCGAUAUCACGCUGGACGUCGGAGGGGGAACAUUUGCCCUGCACAAGUUCCCUCUCGUUUCCCGCUGCGGAAAAAUCCGAAAGUUAGUCGCCGAGCACAGAGACUCAGACAUCUCGAGAAUAGAGCUUCUAAACCUACCGGGAGGUGCCGACUCGUUUGAGCUAGCCGCAAAGUUCUGCUACGGGAUUAACUUCGAGAUCACCCCAUUGAAUGUGGCUCAGCUUUGCUGUGUCUCCGACUACCUUGAAAUGAACGAGGAAUAUUCCAAAGACAACCUUGGCUCAAGGGCUGAAGAGUAUCUCGAAACAAUCAUCUGCAAGAACCUUGAGAUGAGCGUCGAAGUGUUGCAGCAAUGUGAAAACUUGCUUCCUCUAGCCGAUGAGCUCAAAAUAGUGAGUCGUUGCGUGGAUGCGAUAGCCUCAAAGGCGUGCGCCGAGCAAAUAGCUUCGAGCUUUUCACGGCUAGAAUACAGUAGCUCCGGGAGGCUUCACAUGAGCAAGCAGGUAAAAUGCGAGGGCGAUUGGUGGAUAGACGACAUCUCCAAUCUCCGGGUGGAUUUGUACCAACGAGUCAUAAUGGCGAUGAAGUGUCGUGGGGUCCGUCCUGAAAGCAUUGGCGCAUCGCUCAUGAACUAUGCUCAAAAGGAAUUGACGAGAAAAUCCAGCUUAUGGAAUUUAUCUAACCAGCAGAAGGCCGAUUUGUUAGUAUCCAACACGAUGGAGCACGAGAAAAUCGUGGUCGAGACUAUUAUAAGCCUCUUGCCCGUUGAGAAACAAGCCGUGCCUUUAAGUUUCCUCUUCGGGCUUUUACGCAGCGCUGUGAUGCUCGAUUGCAGUGUCGCUUGCAGGCUUGAUCUGGAGCGCAAGAUUGGGUCCCAGUUAGAUGUUGCCACUCUCGACGACCUUCUGAUCCCGUUGUUUCGGCACGCCGGCGAUACUUUAUUUGAUGUGGACACAGUUCAUAGGAUCUUGGUGAACUUCUCACAGCAAGAUGACAGCGAUGAAGAUGAAUUGGAGGAUGAUGCCUCGGUGUUCGAAUCGGAAGGUCCUCGUUCUCCCUCUCAGAGCGCGCUGUUUAAGGUCGCGAAACUAGUGGAUAACUACCUAGCGGAAAUUGCUCCUGACGCAAAUCUCAAGCUCAACAAGUUCAUGGUCAUUGCCGAGUCUUUACCAGCACAUGCACGUACCGUCCAUGAUGGUUUAUACCGAGCUGUGGACAUCUACCUCAAAGCUCAUCAGUCUUUGUCAGAGUCAGACAGGAAGAAGCUCUGCAAGCUGAUUGACUUCCAGAAGCUCUCGCAAGAAGCCGGGGCUCAUGCUGCACAGAACGAGCGCCUUCCUCUGCAAUCCAUAGUCCAGGUCCUCUACUUUGAGCAAAUAAGGCUAAGGAAUUCCUUGUGCUGCUCCUACAACGACGAAGACCCCAAGCCGAUGCACCACCAGUCCUGGCGGAUCAGCAGUGGAGCGCUCAGCGCCGCCAUGUCUCCUCGAGACAACUACGCCUCGCUGAGGCGUGAGAAUCGGGAACUGAAACUAGAGCUGGCCCGUUUGAGGAUGAGACUCAAUGAUCUGGAAAAGGAACAUGUUUGCAUGAAGAGGGACAUGGCGAAAUCCAAUUCCCGGAAGUUCAUGAGUUCGUUCUCGAAAAAAAUAGGCAAGUUGAGCCUCUUUGGACAGAGUUCUUCCAGAGGAUCGAGCUCCCCCUCAAGGCACUCUCACAGAACAGACUCCAAGGUGAUCGAGAGAACCUGUGCAAGCACAGACUAAGUUAAAUCAGGCCCGUCGUUUUGGGAGUUACAUGCCGAGUCUGCUUUUUGGUGACCUGUUCCUUUUUCUUUUUGCCAUUUCUUCUUAGCACAUUGUAUAAACAGAAGCGCUAUGUGCCAAGCUUGAAAGAAUGACAUUUUUUCAUUGUAAAGGUGUUGAAGAAAGUGGCUUUGAUUGAAUACAGCUCCUCCUCUUUGUUUGAA